CGCCAGAAUAGAAGGGUCGGGCGCCUAGUAGUGGAAUCUCCUCCGGCAGCAGAGGCGCGGCGCAGAAACAGGGCUUCUUGGGAUAGAGAGAGUUAUUAUUUUCCUGUAGGAAGAAAGGGAUCCUUUCCUACCUUUAUGGAGUGAGCCUCUCAAUGCCGCUCAGGUGCAUUACGCGAGGGGCUGGGGCAGAGAAGAGGACCGCCAGAAGGAUGGAGGUGAAUUGCUUGACACUAAAAGACCUGAUCAGUCCAAAACAUACUAGGAUAGAUUUUAUAGACGAAGACAGAGAAAGUGCACAGAAGGAAAAUAUAUUUGAUCGACCUCGAAUGACCCCAAAGACUCCCAUGAAAAUUGAACCGAUAGAUUUGUCGAAACAGAAAAGCAUUGCCCCCGAGGCAAAUCCAGUUACACCUGUUAAGCUCACUGACAGGCCCCUGGCAGAUCCAUGGACUCCCACGGCUAACCUGAAAAUGCUAAUUAGUGCGGCUAGCCCUGACAUGCGGGAUCGGGAAAAGAAAAAAGAACUCUUCAGGCCAAUUGAAAACAAUGAAUUUAGUGAUGCUUUUCCUGAUUCCUUACAGUGUGAUGCUGUAGACGAUGGAAUGACUGAUGACUAUGAAAAGCAGAGACCCAGCAGAAAACAGAAAAGUUUAGGGCUGUUGUGCCAAAAGUUCUUAGCUCGCUACCCUAGUUAUCCUUUAUCAGCAGAAAAGACCACAAUAUCUUUGGAUGAAGUAGCUUCUAGUCUUGGAGUUGAACGCAGACGAAUUUAUGACAUAGUGAAUGUCUUGGAAUCUCUUGAUCUCGUUAGUCGGGUAGCUAAGAAUCAGUAUUGUUGGCAUGGUCGUCAUAGCUUGAGUCAGACUCUGAAAAACCUCCAGGAAAUAGGAGAGUUGCAAAAAUAUGAAGAACUUAUGGCUUAUUUCCAACAUAAAGAGCUAGACCUCGAGUGUAGAUUUGGAGAGAAUAAAAAGGAGACCUUUUUCGAUUUCCAAGACCGACAGUUGCUUGACUUCUCAGAGACAGAUUGUCCGUCUGCGUCUGCAAACAGCAGAAAGGACAAGUCGUUGAGGAUUAUGAGCCAAAAAUUUGUCAUGCUGUUCCUUGUCUCCAAAACCAAGAUAGUCACUCUUGACAUAGCAGCAAAAAUAUUGAUAGAAGAAAGCCAGGAUACAGCCGAUCACAGCAAGUUUAAAACAAAGGUACGAAGGUUAUAUGAUAUUGCCAAUGUCUUGACAAGCCUUGGACUCAUCAAGAAAGUGCACGUAACAGAAGAGAGAGGACGUAAGCCAGCUUUUAAGUGGAUUGGGCCUGUGGAAUUCAGUGGAGACAAUGGUGACAUCAAGAUGGACCUUUCGGCCUGUGCUGCUUUAUCAGAAGUGAAAGGGGCACCACGCUUUCCACACCAGGCUUGCACGGCUAGAAAAGAGCGGAUGUCCCGUCAUGCCUCCUUCAACACUGUGCAGCCUUCCGAAGUGGUCAAGAGGGAAGUCAGCUCUGAGCCCAGCAGCCCACGCCGCGGGCGGCAAGAUGAUUACUGCUCCAAAAUGAUAAAUCUUACAUCUGUUUGCUGUCAGAAGAUAGAAAAUGACAAAAGUCAAAGCUAUGAAGCUACAAGGAACCUGGGCAUCAUUUCUCCCUUCUCUGUCCUUCCUGUUCCCGGAGACUCAGACUAUUGUCUUAAGGCAUUUCCCACCCUGCCUUUAAAUGCCACCUCUGAUGUGUCACGACUGUCUUUGCCCAAUGGGACGCAUGAUCAAGCUCUGCCGCUCUCUGCUCUGUCAGCUUCCAAAAAGGAGACCAGGAAAAACACUGUGCUUCCCAAUCAACCUUUUGUGUACAUUCCAUCACUUUAUAUGCUAUGUGGCAAUCUUCAUGACAGUUUCACAAAGGAGAGUCUUCAAGAAAAGGGAAAUGGAGAUUGUAAUGACCAAGAUUCAGCUUGUCUAUCAAAAGCUUUUGUGCCUCCUCCUGUUAACAGUCGGAAGAGAAAUUCCCCAAAGUGUGCGCUAUCCACUGCAAGUGAACCUAUCACUAAAAGACUAGAUCUGGAAGAAAAUGAAGGUCCCAUUUCAUUGGUGCUAGAAAAGAAGACUAUUAAGCCUGCGGACACAGAAUCUUCCCCAGAUCGUAACUGCAGUCCAAUUGACCAACUAAGAGGCUUCCAGCUUGAAUCAGGGACUUUGGCUCCUAUGGAAGCUGCCACAAGAGAUGCAGCUAAAGCCUUAGGAACAUGGGAGCAAGAUAAGCCAUACAGAAGGAAAGAGCUGAAAGAAAACACAAAAGAAAAUGAACAGACUUCCCAAGAAAAUGACAAACAGCCCUCCUUGCCACAGUAUUUCUAUCUACCGCCUGCAGCUGGAUUAAAUGGUUUUAAUUUCCUGUUCCCUGCCAGCCAAACUCCUGCUCCUGUCGGCCUAUCUUCAAGCCAUUUGCCUUCACUUAACGUUUCCUGUAUGAUGGUUCCUUCUUCAGCUUUGGCGCCAGUCCCUCUUAUCUAUUCUCCAGCAGUAACGGCAAGCCAAGUUUCUUCGGCUCCUUCUGGCUCCUUCCCAAGCGUCACAUGCAUGAAUUUCAGCAUGCCUGGCCUGACAUCUACAACACCUGUUUUCAUUGGGACCCCAGCAGUUGUUGCUCAGAAUUCAUCACCGCUACCGGCACGGGAAUUGCACCAGCAGGUUCAUUCAGCUGCACACCUGAGCCCUGUGCCAGGAUCUGGUAAAGCAGAUUCAGCCAUUUGCAUGGGUCAACCAGUCACCCUUCUGAAAUUGCAACAGCCUUCUUCAACACCCCUGACUCCCAAGAAUAUGCGCCCUGCACCCAAAGAGGCCUUUUUCAAGACACCCGGCAGUCUUGAAGAUCCUACUGCGUGGCGAAAAAACGAAGGCAGCCAGAGCAGAGCAGCCAGUUCUGUUCAAAGAAGAUUAGAAAUCUCCAGCAGCAGUUCUGACUAAUCCGGAUCACAGUUGAGGUGCAGUCAGUUUAGAGCAGAGCUUUAGAGUUGUUACAGAAAUAAUCAGUUAUUACAUUAAAGAAGGGAGAGAGAAAACAUGUUAAACGCUCACUCCAAGGGCACGCUUGCCCAGUGUGCGUUGCCUGCUGAAUUUCUCUCUCCCAACAACUUUCCCUAGUUGUGUAAAUAUUAAUUCCAAUUGGAACUCAGAUUGUGCAUAUGAGAGCAUCAGAUCCUAUUGGAUGAAUUUUAAGAAAUUGGCAGGAUGUGUGACCGGGUUAAGCAGUGUCUGUUCCAAAUACAAAAAGGGGGAGCUGGCUAGCACUUAUAUAGAGAUAAGACACCUUUUACAAAAACUAUUUAUCCUGUAUCUGUAUGUAAGGUCAGCCAAGAGGACCUCUAAAUGAAAUCGCGUAGCAGCUGCUGCUACUGUAGUAAAAAAAAAAAAUCAUUUCCAACUUUGGAACAACAGACUUUUGCAAAUUACUUGAAUGUAACUGAUGGAUAUACAGUUUUCCCUGCACUUGUUAAGCAAAAGUCUAAUAACUUACAACGUAUGGAUGAAUGUACACAUGUGAAAUAUUUUAAGACCAAAAUAACUGUGAAGUUUUUACAUUUUUACAAUCGGGUUUGUAUUAAUGAAUGUUGCAGUUCCUCUACUAUGAUAUGUCCUCGCUUUUUUUCUGCACAAGAUAGACAGAUUUAACUUCCGCUGGUGGAAAGGCUUGUUCCCAAAACUGUAGAGCAGUCUUCCAUAACCUGAUAUCCUCAAGGCGUGUUGAGUAGGAACUUCAUCAAUUCCCCAAAUCACGAUGGAGGGCACCAGGUUCAGACUACUGUACAAAGUAGUAGGUUAUUUCAAGACUUGCAGUUGUAUGGUAAACAAUUCAUUCUCUGGCUUAGAUAUUGCCAACAAUACCAUGCAUUUUACAACUAAGUGAGAGUCCAAUUUAAGGCAUUACACUCAACUGUAAUUAUACCACAGUCCCUGCAAAGGUGAUUCUUCUACCCAACCGAGAAAGCCUGUAGUCACAUCUGUAUUUCUUAUACCGGUCAUGGGCAAAAACAGGCUUGCGGGCCAGAUGUGGCCCUUUGGGCUUUUUGUCCUGGCCCAUCUGCUUCACCCUCCCCUUCAAUAUGUAGACGCAGUAGCCCGCCACAUCCCCAGACUGAGAGGAAGGCAGAGCCACACCUCUGCCAAGGGCUUUCUGGAGAGCACUUGGCAGCAGCGUGCUUGUCUCCCUCCUCUGGGCCUGAGGAAGGCGGGCUGCUGCCUUUCUAGGGGUGAGAGAAGAAACAGGGAAAGAAAUAUACCAAUGCCAAGCGUGCUUGACAGCGGCGUGUUUGUCUCCCUCCUCUGGGCCCGAGGAAAGCGGGCCACUGCCUUCCUGGGGCCCAGAGAAGAGCCAAGGAGAGAAACAUGCCAUUGCCAAGCAUGCUUUGACAGUGGCGUGUUUCUCUCCUUCCUCUGGGCCCUAGGAAGACGAACCACUGCCUUCCUGGGCCACUGGAAGAGGCAGGGAAACAAACAUCACCACCACUUGGCAGCGGUGUGUUGUCUCCAUCUGCCUUCCCAGGACUCAGAAGAUCCAGGAAAAGAUGCCAAGUGGCAGUGGCAUGUUUAUCUCCCUGGAUACAUACCAGCCCCUUCCCUCGCCAAGACCGCCCUUUCUGGGCCUGGCCCCAUCGCUUCCAGCCCACAGUCCCCCCUUUUUGGCCCUACCCACGCUCCCUCCCAGCUCAGCCCUUGCAGCUAGGCCCACAAGGUGGCCCCAGGGCAAAAACGUCUGCCCAUGCCUGACUUAUACAAUUAAAAUGCCUAUUUUUCAUUUUUAAAAACUAUUUUGUGCACAAUAUUUAUAACAUGUUAUGGUCAGACACAAAGGAGGACAAGAAUUGAGAAAGUUCUACCCUGUCAUUGAAACUGCAAAAUGGGAUGAUCAGUCAAAGCAGUAAGAUUAUUCUCUAGACUUGAGAGAGAAGGAACGGGGGAUAAAGGUUAAUUCAAAGUUUCCAAACUUUGGCUGUUGAUACUUGAGCACAGUUAAUCUUUUCCAAAUGAACUGAGUAGUAUAGAUGUUUUGAGUUUACGUCACCAAUUCAGUGGCACAUUAAAAGUAAAUCAGUCAUCAUGUUACCUCUAACUUUUUAAUCAAGAGAAUGGACAGUCAUACUGUCUCUUUCUUUUUAAAAUAUUGGGAUAAUUUUGUACGGAGGACGUCUGUUUCCUGAGGCCAGACACAUUUUCUAAUCUGUCAUUUCACAGGCAUAGGAAUAAUGUUUUAGUGUAUGUUUAAGUUGGAUUUUAAAUAACGAAAUAUGUUACCUAAAGGAAAUUAAGUAUGGAUAAUUCUAGUGGAGCUGCAGAAUAAAUGGGAAAUGCAGUAUCCUCGUGUUAGGUCAGACCACUGACUGCCUUACAAGGAGGGUGAAAAGACUUAAGUUUCUUAAAAACACAGCAAUAAAAAUCAUAGGAAUUCAAAACAUGUAGAAAGAAGACCCAAUAACUGUUACAGUAGAGUCUUACUUAUCCAAUCUUCGCUCAUCCAGCAUUUUGUAUUAUCCAACACAGUCUGCCUCCCGCCUGGAUCCACAGUUAUUUUAAUACAUUGCAAUGUUUUAGUGCUAAAUUCGUAAAUACAGUAAUUACUGCAUAAUGUUACCGGGUAUUGAACUGCUUUUUCUGUCCAUUUGUUGUAAAACAUGAUGUUUUAGUGCUUAAUUUAUAAAAUCAUAACAUAAUUUGACAUUUAAUAGGCUUUUCCUUGAUCCCUCAUUAUCCCACAUUUUCGCUUAUCCAGCGUUCUAGCGGCCCGUUUAUGUUGGAUAAGCGAGACUCUACUGUAUAAUUUACCAUUUCUGUUAGUCUGUCGCAGCAAAAUGAAGAGCGUCUUGCAGUAACUUCAAAACUAAAACAUUUUAACCGCAUGAUUUCAGUCUACUUCAGUCUGAUAUGGUGAACUGGGCCCGCUUGAAGCCUAUGGCAUUAUAAAUGUAUUCAUCUUUUAGGUGUCAGAGAACUAUUGUUAACAGUGAAUUGUUAAUUUUUGAAGAAGUUAUUAACACUACAGUGUGUAUGUGUGUUUUUUCUGAUUUUCAACAGAUGUGUUGUUCCAUACAUACACAUUGAAUUGUUUUCUGAGUGAAAUUAACUAUUUAACAAUACAAUCAUUACCCACACAAAUGGACAAAGUCAGUUAUGUACAAGACUCCCAAUUUAUUCUCAGCCAUCCCAAAGUGGUGCCACUUUGGGCUUAAAACACAUUGUUCCUCUUAAGAGAAAGAUCAUAAGAUGUACCAACUCCUCAUCAACCUCCCUCCAUAUGUCUUCCAUGUGGCAAUAAAGGAGUGGUAUGAGAAGAUCAAGGUUGAUGUAAAACACUUCCACAAUUAUAAAACCAGUAUACCCCUUCUCAUCCCCUUGGCUGUCCUCCAGCAUAGCUGUUUUCAUGUUCAUAACUUCCCUGAGCACAUGGUUUUGGUCACACAGAAUUGGAAGGAAAAAAAAUGAGAGUCCAAGUGAGUCUUUCCAGUGGUGCAACUCCUUUUGAUGAGCACAUUUGUUUGCUUCCAGCUUCACGAAAAUAUUUGGAGUAUAGCAGCCUAAGUAUGGAAUUUCUUGUGAAGUGGAGCCAGUGUUGGGUUUCAUGUGCUUGGAAGAAAGAGGGAGUUUGUCCCAAUUGUGGUUGGCCAUUUUAGGAGAAAUGGAAUUGAAGGUUCAAAGGGGACAUGAUAGGCUUAGACUAGGCAUGGGCAAACUUGGGCCCUCCAGGCGUUUUGGACUUCAAGUCCCACAAUUCCUAACAGCCGAUAGGCUGUUAGGAAUUGUGAGAGUUGAAGUCCAAAACACCUUGGAGGGUCCAAGUUUGCCCAUGCCUAGCUUAGACCAUAGAGCUAAGCUAGCAAAUAGCGCAACCUGUAUGGGUCUGGUUGUUAUCAUUUUGUGAAGAUAAAAAAGGAGUUUAGGUGGACACGAGCUGAGAAAUCAGAUGUGGGUUAGAUCAAGGGAGGUGGUGUCUAUGGCCCUCCAGAUAUUGUUGUAUUUGGAUUUCAGACAUGGCCAAUCGCCAGCACAUCUCACUAGUCUAUCAAUAAUCAUUGGAACGACUUGUAGGUCGAAGCAGAAUUGAAGCUGCAUGAGGUCAGUGAUGGUGACCCAAGGUCCAACCAGUGGUGUUUUCCAGUUCCAUCCUGCCAUAUCUUUCAUAAAAGCUCUAUGAGAAAACUAUGAGAGGCAGGAAGAUUGUUUGCACUGAUCUAAGUGCGCAUAUGUUCAAUUGUGCAGGUUUUCAGGUCUCCUAAAAUUUUCAUUUUCUGGUACCUUUUUUUCCUUUUUUGCCAAGGAGAGGAAGAGUGUGUGCAUAACUUAUAUACUUGAAUCUACCUACAACGUUUACAUUUCUCCAUUCCUUUUGUAAAAGGUGCUGUUUCUGUAUUUAAUUUUAUUUUUUGUUUUGUUUUUUAAUGUAAA